AUGAACUGGAAUAACAUUAUUCACACAAUAAUCUUUCUUUCUCUUAUUGGACCUGGACUUGUGGGAAAUAUCCUAAUAUUUGUGAGACAUAUAUACAUGUCUACCUUGGGGACUGAGAAAAAGCCUGUAGACCUUAUUUUCAUCCAUUUGGCAUUUUCUAAUAUGAUCAUUAUUUGUAGCACAGGAAUUAGAGAUAUAGCUACAGUGUUUUACUUUGGAAACUUCCUAGGAGAUAUUGGCUGUAAAACUGUGGUUUAUCUGGCAAGGAUGGCAAGGGGCCUCUCCAUCUGCACCACCUGUCUCCUCAGUGUGGUCCAGGCUGUCACCAUCAGUCCCAGGACCACCAUUUGGACAAAACUCAAACCACGGACAGCAUGGCAAGUUCUUCCCUUUUCACUCCUCUUCUGGAUUGUUAAUAUUCUCAUAAGCUCCAACUUACUCUGCUACAUCAAAGGAGGCAAUAGCUUGAACAGGUCUGUAGCUAGACUGUUCAUUGGGCAUUGCUAUAUGCUGCCAUCCAGACAUAUGAUCAAGUGGCUUUUCCUCACUCUCAUGACUCUUCGUGAUGCCAUCUUUCAGAGUCUGAUGGGCUGGAGCAGUGGUUCCAUGGCUCUCCAACUGUAUAGUCAUCACAAGCGUGUCCUCUACCUUUACAGCUCCAGGUUUGCAAGCGACUCUCCUCCAGAAAUCAGAGCUACAUGGAGUGUUCUCAUUCUCAUGACCUGCUUCCUUUUCUUCUACUGGGUAGAUUUCAUCCUCUCCUUCUACACAGGUUUCACAGUGACACAUGAUUCUAUUUCACUAAAUAUUAAAACAUUCUUAGAACUUGGUUAUGCUGGUUUCAGCCCCUAUGUUCUGAUCGGUAGAAAUGUCCGUAUUACUAACAUCUUAAAUGCUCACUGA